AUGUUUUAGCUUUGCCUUGACGGGAAAAAGCACGAUUUCAGGGAAAACCCACUCGAUGCUAAGGAUAAAAGAGGGAGGAGGAUGGCUGCGGCCCCACACUCCUCAUUUCUAAGUGGACCUCUCUGAAGCUUUUCGAGACGGAAGAAUGGCUUUAUUACUGAAAUGCCUGCGUUUUUUCUUCGUGGCCGGAUUCUGCAUACGACUUUAUCAAGCUCACGACUUUCUCGGACGUUGUUCGUGUCACAACACCAUCAAAUUCAUCAAGGGGAACAUGUCUGAUUUCCAAGUACUGGAAAAGCGGCCUGGAUGCGACAAAACCGAGCUGAUCGUCACCAUGAACGGGGCGAACAACACCAGCGAACAAAUCUGCAUGAACACCGAGGGAAAGAUGGCCAAGGCUUUUUUCAGGUGCUGGGAGAGGAUAAAUAAGGACAAGGACCGGAAGAUGGAGUGUAUCGAAAGAAAAAGAAAGGCGGACUGAAAGUACACGAGCAGGGAUAUCCUAAAGCAGAGGUCUCAAACUCACUGGACGCAGAGUCUGGUUGAGGCUGGGCAACAAGAAAAUAUAUCCUAAAAAAAAAAGUUGCAUACUCCUCAGCAUGUCUAGUUGUAUAAUGACGUUUCAAAUUGCAUCCCUUGUGCACCGCAACUUUGUGCAAAUAAGACACGUCGGGGUGCCCCUGUGCUCAACAAAGAAAUAUUGCAUCUCCCACUUUUCCUGGAAUUGUCUUUGCUCAUCACAAAACUUUCUCUUCACUGCAGACUUUGAAAAAGACAUGUUUGGGGUUGUGGAAUAUAUUUGUAUUUAGCCGACGCAAGGAGAAUGUUAUUUCCGCAUUGUGUGUCGUACCCCUUUCCCUCCCUACAGCAACACGGUGUUCGGCGGUAAAGUACCUGGAUAGCGAGCGCAAAAAAGUGACGGCUCCCGGAGUGUUAUUCGGGCGUCAAAUAGAAAUAUAUGUAAUGUCCAUCGUGUGAGGCAAUGCAAAUUAAACAAUAAUAAAAAAAAAUUAACGGUUUGAAUUGGUCCAGGUUAUCGGGGACUGUUAUUACUGAAGGACAGGUGUCGCGGUGUAACUGCAGCCAGGCACGUAAGAAAACCCUCGUCUCCAUGGCAACGUCUCUGUCCCUUUCACUCAUUUGCCGCUUUUCCACUAACGCCGGGGUAGGCGACCCAGAAUGUUGAAAGAACCAUUUUGGACCCACAACGCUGACAAGCACCAUUCAUAUAAAAGUCCGGGGUCCGGGGCCCGGCGCCGCACUGAUAUUAAACUUUCAUAUUAAGGUGGGGGGCGCAAAAUAACGUCUCGCGGGCCGCGUGUUUGAGACCCCUGUCCUAAAGGGAUCACAUUGUAGUCAGGUGAAGACCGGGAAGACAGCAGAAAUAACACAGCUGUAGAAGAGCGAGAGACAAGGGGGACUGACGUCAGGAGUUCUAUACACACUAAGUAUGUUCACGUCACAUUGCAGCUAUGUAAUGUCUACUGUAUGUAAAGUUUGAAGUAUUUAUUGAAUAACAGUGAGUUGUUCUUUUUGAUACAGUAUGUACGGUAAAUAUAAAAGUUUAUUAAAUGUGUUGUUCUCUUGAAAUAAAUUCUUCAUGAGUGAGUCACUUUGCAAA